AUGGCGGGCACCUGCUCAAUGAUAUGCUUGAUUAUAAUCACCCUAUUCAUUCCUCCACUCGGCGUCUUUCUCAUCUCCGGCUGUGGCGUUGACUUCUGGAUCAACGUCCUGCUCACGAUUCUCGGCUAUUUCCCGGGCCACAUCCACGCUUUCUAUCUCGAAUACGUCUACUAUGACCGCCGCAACCGCGAUCCCAUGACCCGUGCCUAUCAGCAGCCGGCGCCUGGGGUCUACUCGGACCGGGUCCAAAAUAGGGGUCAUGCGGGCCGCAGUUACGGUACCAUGUGA